UGGUAUUUGCGUGGCAGCAUUAUUGUUAGCGAACGGAGUGUUGGAGAGAAAAGAGCUAAAAGCUGCUGAGAGGAGAAGCAUUUGGAGGACGUUCACUUUGACCAAUAAGGAUGAGUUCUCCAGAGGAGUUGAAACCGGCAGAGGCAGACGAGAGCAGAACUCAUCAGUGUCAGAACUGUGGGAAAGGUUUUAGUCGGAUUUGUAGUCUUAGAAGACAUGAACUCACCCACACUGAGGAAGAACUGUAUCACUGUGAACAAUGUGGGAGCAGCUUCAGCCAACUAAAUGCAUACAACCUCCACUUGUAUACCCACCCUGAAGAGACGCUGUACUGCUGUGACCAGUGUGGGAUGGAUUUCAGUGACCAGAGCUCUUACAGGAAACACCUGCGUGACCACACUGGACCAUACCAGUGUGACCAGUGUGAAAAGAGUUUCAGUUACUUCAGCAUUUACAAGAUACACAUGCGAGUCCACACGAAAGAAAAGCCGUACUGCUGUGACCAGUGUCCAAAGAGUUUUAGCUUUUUAAGCUCAUACAAGCGACACCUGCUCAGCCACAGUGGAGAGAAGCCGUACCAGUGUGACUUCUGUGGAAAGAGUUUCACCCAGUCUGGACACUUUAGUCUGCAUCUACGAAACCACACAGGAGAAAAACCGUUUGAGUGUGAGCAGUGUGACAAGAGUUUCAGUGACUUGAGUAGUUAUAAGAUACACCUUCGUGUCCACACCGGAGAGAAACCUUAUUGCUGUGACCAGUGUGGGAGGAGUUUCUCUCAGUUGGGAAAUUACAAGUCACACAUGCGUAUCCACACCGGAGAAAAACCUUUCCAGUGUGAACUCUGUGAGAAAAGUUUCUCUAUCUCAAAAACAUAUAAACAACAUGUGCGCACUCACACAGGAGAAAAACCGUACCAGUGUAAAGAUUGUGGAAAAGGUUUUGGUCGCUUAAGCAACUAUAUGCGCCACCUUCGUAUCCAUACAGGAGAGCAACCAUUCAGCUGUGAACAGUGUGGGAAAUGUUUCAACAGUUCGUACAGUUACAGCCGUCACCUGCGAGUCCACACCGGAGAGAAACCUUACUGGUGUUCACAGUGUAAGAGGCUGUUCACACGCUCACAGUCUUUAAAGAAACACCGCUGCGUUGAGGUAGAUGACGAAAGUUUAUCUGUGUGCACCAAAGAAGAACAAAUAAGUUGCUCAUUAACAGAACCUACAAGUGACAACCAGUUAUAACUAACAAAAAAGAACUACAGUCCUUGUCUUCAUGGUAAUGGAGAGACAUAACUGGUUUAAAUCGUACCUCUCUCACUUCAUCCAGCUCAAAUCUUUCAAAUCCCAGCUAUGUCCAGUCACUACUAGUGUUCCCCAGGGCUCUACCCUGGUUCCCCUUAUGUUUAUGAUUUGCUCACUUCUUCAUGGCCAUAUCAUCUGUAAAUUUUAUAUAAAUUUACACUGCUUUGCGGAUGACACCCAGCGCUACCUUUCCGCCAAACCUACCUCCAUCCUCUCACCUACGUCCCGCUCUGAUUAAAUACAGGAAAUAAAAUCCUGGUUCUCCCGCAAUUUCCUCAAACUCAACAGUGAUAAAACCGAGGUUCUCCUUAUUGGCACCUUAUCCACCUUAUCAAAAUCUGUUGUUCCAUCACAAUUGAUAAUUCUUUAGUUUCUCCCUCUCCUCAGGUUAAGUGUCUGGGUGUCAUCCUUGACAGCACACUAUCUUUCCAAGCUCACAUGAAUAAUGGUACCCAGUCGCAUACUUCCAUCUAUGUAACAUUAAUCGUUCCCACACCCAACAGCCAGUCUUGUUCACACCCUGGCAACAUCCCGCAUUGAUUACUGUAACUUCUGUUUAUAGGUCUCCCUCACAAAUCCCUUCAUAAACUUCCACUAGUCCAGAACUCUGCCGCUCGCAUAAUAUCCAGAACCCCCUUCUUUAAUCACAUCACUUCUGUCCUUCAGUAACUUCAUUGGAUCCCGGACAAAUACCACAAUGAUUUUAAGGUUCUGCUCCUCACUUUAAUGCCAUCCAUAAUCUUGCUCCUCUAUACCUUUCCGAUCUACUGCACUUCUUCAUCCAUCCACCUCACUGUACCACCUGCAAGUUUGACCACCAUGGAACCUUUAGCCUCUCUGCUCCCCACCUCUGGAACUCCCUCCCACCAGACAAUCCUAUUGACUUCUCUCUGCAUUUUAAAAUCCUGUCUCAAAACCCAACUUUUUAAACUGGCAUAUUCAGUUUGAUUAUUUUCCAUUUGGCCAACCUACAUAAUGUCUUAUUCACUGCUCAUUUUUUUUUUUUUUUUUUUUCA